AUGCACGACAAGUUCCCCGUGGGACAUCCUGUAGUUUAUAUAGAUGAGGAGUGUAAACAGGUUAUAGGCGAUGAUAAUGACAUAUCAAAAGUUGAAGGACUGAUAAAAUGUACAGUUCUACCACCGAGAAAUUUGUAUCAUCCUGUUUUACCUGUAAGAAUGUACGGUAAACUAAUGUUUGCGCUAUGUCGUUCUUGUUGUGAUGCGUUAAAUCAGAAUCUUUGUAUACAUGAAAAUUCGGAAGAUAGGACUUUUACAGGUACGUGGGUUUCUGUUGAACUUCAAAAAGCAGUCGGCAUGGGUUAUAUCAUCACGAAAAUUGAAGAAAUAUGGCAAUACGAGGUUAGCCAGUACGACCCUAGUACACGUAUAGGUGGUUUGUUUGUCGAUUAUAUUGAUACAUUCUUAAAGGUAAAACAGGAAUCUUCGGGUUGGCUUAUAGCGUGCAUCGAUGAGGAGAGCAAACAGAAGUAUCUAGAUGAUUACAAAAAGGCUGAAGGAAUUACACUCGAACGUGAGCGCGUAGCGAAAAACUCAGAACUGCGAGCAAAAUUAUGUCUAAAUUCAUUCUGGGGAAAAUUUGGUCAACGUGAAAAUCAACCAAAAACAACGAUUGUAACCGAUGGUAAAACAUUCCUCGAGACAGUUAGCGAUCCUAAAAAAGAGAUACUUAGUGUUCUCCCGGUAAGCGAUGAUGUGGUAUAUAUUAACUGGUGUAACGUAGAUGAUACUAUCGAACCCUCGAGAAUUACGAACGUUGUGAUUGCCGCGUACACAACAGCUCAGGCUAGACUACGACUGUAUGCUCUUCUUGAGAAGAUUGGUAGACAAUGUUUGUAUUACGAUACGGAUAGUAUCAUUUUCAUUCGAUCGGACACUCCUGAUUCUAAAGAUUUACAAACAGGGACGAAUUUAGGAGAUUUAACCGAUGAAUUAGAAGAUUACGGAGAAGGUAGCUAUAUAAGCGAGUUUGCAUCGUGUGGUCGCAAGUGCUAUGCGUACAAAGUUGAAACCCCUAAAGGUGUUACCGAUUAUAUUUGUAAAGUUGAGGGUAUUAGUCUUAACUAUGCAAAUACAAAAAGUAUCAACUUUGACACAUUAAAAUCUUUUGCAACUACUGGUAUCUCGCCCGAAGGAGACGAAGAGGUGGUUCUUUCUUAUAAAUCCUUAAGACGAACCCCAAUGCACGAUGUCAUUACACGAAACGAAACAAAAACGUUUAAGAAUAAUUUUGUGAAGCGACGAUUAGUUGAUAACUACGAUUCAGUACCAUACGUAAAAAAAUCCUGCAAUCAGGACGACCUUACUAUUAUGCGCCAGCAGCUGGAUAAUCCGCAGGUCAUAACAAUAUAUGACGAUGAGGCAGUAGUAAAAACGGAACCGGCGUCGCCACCGCUUCCUCUAUACCCUGAAAGUGACAUGCUUCUAAUGUCUCCAGAGGUAGAGGAGGCAUUAGAAAAUUUGUUAAAUAUCGAGGAAGCG